AUGCCGAAUCUCACUGCGCCCAGCUUGACUGCCACCAUCUGCACCCUUGAGCAUCGCGCCUGGGCCGCUCUCUGCGACUCUGGCAACGCCCUUCUUCCACUCCUCUCCGCAAGCCCAGUUUUCAUCUUCCCAGGCGAUCGAAUCCUUACAGCGACGUCCUCGCCAUCGCUCCAUGAGAUACUGCAGGACCCAGGGUUUCAACCGUGGACAAAGUACACGCUGAGCCAUGAUGAGGUCAUGCCCCUAGGGGAGAGCGGCGCACUGGUCUACUACCGUGUAGAAGCCAUCAGGGAAGAGUUGCCGUUCAGAGCCAUCUGCUCCAGCGCGUGGGUGCUUGAGGACGGACAGUGGAAGAUGGCGAGCCAUCAGCAGACGUUGAUUUAG